AUGCAUGACCCAUUCGAAGUGAGAAUGCAGUUCCUCGGGCUCAUUCGCAAACUGAAUGCCUCACAACAAUCGAUACAGAAAGUCGUUGGAUUUGCCUUGAAGUACUUCUCGAAAUGCGGGGAAGAUCUGUGGGAGUGCAUUAUUGAGGAGUGUCAGAAGGGUUCCAUCAAUCACCGCAUAAAUAUACUCUAUUUUCUUGACUCCCUUUGCGAAACGUCACUACUAGCGAAGGCACAUCAAGUCCCAGAACAGUCAUCUUCAUCAAGUAAACAAGUCAACAACGCGUUGUAUGUCGACUACGUCUCCCGGGAUCUGACGCAGAUAGUGGAAUGCGUUGUGCCUGUGGGUAGGCAAGGGCUACCUAAUCUACCGAGUACCAAACAGAUCCUAGAAAACUGGCGCACAAAACGAAUAAUAGAGCCACAAAAAGUUGACGAAGUCCUCUUGUUGCUCUCUUCUAGAGACUCAGCACCCGAUACAACUGUGGCACCUUCAGCAGCAAAAUCCGAGCCUCAUCUCUCUCGCGGCGAAAUAUUCAAGCGUAUUGAAGAGGACCGAGAGCGACAUAAACGCCUUCGAGAACGACGGUGGGUUCAGGCGCAGCCUCACUCUGGCUCUGCAGUCCCGUCUUAUUCAACGUUCACGCUUGCGAGUUUCUUGCCGCUGAGCGACACUGAAAACGCCGAGUUAGCGCUGGAUAUAGAGUUUGAGAAUGAGUGGGAGGCAACGAGCGAUUGGAAUGAGGACGACGUGGAAGCGACCGCAGAUGAGAGGGAGCUUUGUCAUCCGCAUCUGAAACGCAAAGGAUUUACAAAUGACGAAGACGAAGGAGAGCAGGAGAUGGACAUAGAUCUGUCGUGA